ACACACACACACACACACACAGACAGAGUAAAAGAGACAGAGAGCGAGAGAGAGAAAGAGACCCAGGACGUAGACAUUAUUUAUCCUCAGUGCCAUACGGAGUUCUGCGUGCUUAGUCACCACACUCGAGCUAAGAACAAGUUGGAAUAAGGAGCUUUGGCAGCAGUGGGUGCUGCUUUAAUAUAAAUGCAGUUGUACAGACGGGAAGUGGAGCUCCAUCGCCUCUGACUCAUUUCCUUCACUGUAUUGAAAACUGAGAAACAGCAUGUUUGUGUCUUUUUAGCGUGUGCCACUGUAAAAGCCUUGUACUUUGGCUCAUGCAAAAUCAUGAAGAAAUGGACAGCUAGAACAAAGCCAUGAUGGACAAUCCUGGAUUGAAAAUCCUGUCAUUUUCCACCUCCGAUGCCAUUUUGUUUUGUAAAGCAACUUAUAAUAGACCAUAAAACCCACAAUCCAUUUGGCAGGAACAAGCCAAGCCAGAAGUGAAUUCCUGUUACUGCGGUGGUUCCUUUAAAUCUUUCCUCUGGAAAAUCCACCCCGAGGUUUAGCCUGCCUUAACCAUGAUGUUGAGAAGAAAACUGUACUUAGGUGCUCUGAUAGGUGCUAUUCUGUUUUUAUUGAUAGCUGCGCACACCAUUCAGAAGGCCAGUGUUGUGCCCAUCACAGCUUUACCCACAGCUUUACCCAGGGAUGUCAGGAUACCAAUGGAGAACAAGACACCAUUACAAACAGUUAUCACAGAUUCAAGACGAGUCGUUCCAGGUCAUUCCUGUAACUGUUCUCACAACUGUAUAGCAGACAAAGGUGUGUCGGAGUGGUUUGACCAACGCUAUGAUCAUAAACAGCAACCUUACCUCACCGGCAGGAAUGAUGACAUAGAUCCACUUUCUCUGAAGUGGUGGCUGUCUUUGCAGUCAUCUGAUGGAAUGAUCAAGGACGUCACCCAGAAGAUGUUUAAGAUAAUUCCCCCUCCACCUGAGGACAAAAUGCCAUGGCAGAGACCGUGCCGGACGUGUGCAGUUGUUGGAAACUCAGGAAAUCUGCUGAGGUCCAAAUACGGAGCCUUGAUAGAUUCCCACUCAUUUGUUAUUAGAAUGAAUAAGGCCGUGACUGUGGGUUUUGAAGAGGAUGUUGGUAACCGAACCACCCACCACUUCAUGUACCCAGAGAGUGCGAUUGAUCUGAGACCUGAUGUCCAUCUCGUCCUUCUUCCCUUCAAACUGAAAGACAUGCAGUGGUUAUCCAGCGCUCUUUCCACCGGAGAGAUCAAAAUGACGUACAUGAGAGUGAAAAAUCGUGUGGAAGCUGACAAAGACAAGGUGAUAGUUGUAAAUCCAGCCUUCUUUAAGUACACACAUGAUAAAUGGACAGAGCGUCAUGGAAGGUACCCAUCCACCGGGAUAGUAGCCAUUAUGUUUGCUCUACAUCUCUGUGAUGAGGUGUCAGUGUUUGGAUAUGGGGCAGACAAGCAAGGAAAUUGGCACCACUAUUGGGAGUACAACAGAUAUGCUGGUGCCUUUCGAAAGACGGGCGUCCAUAACGCAGACUUCGAGACUGAGAUCAUUCAGAGGCUCAACAAAGAGGGCAAAAUCAAACUGCACAGAUGAGCCUGGCCUUUAUUAAUUGUGGCCUUUAUUGACUUGGGUACAGCUCAAAUCCAUGCAGAUGCAGGGCCAGGAUGCACAGCAGCUGUAUAGAAGCCAAAGAGACGCAGAUCUGUGAUUCGCCGUACCAUUAAUUGACCACUGUGAGCUGCACUGAACCAAACCCAUAGACAUCAAGCUGUAGUCUUAAGACCAAAUGAACUCUUCCUGUUCUCUCACAGCAUUUAACUUGCUACGUGCCUGAAGAAAAAGACGGAUGUUGCCCCCCCCCCAACUUUGAAGAAGAUGAACAGUAAGAAAAACAGCAUGAUCUGAGCCUCCUUGUGUACUUCCUUUUUAUUGUAACUGUUCUGUCUAUCCUCUCACAGUGUCUACACUGCAGGUUUGCAACAUGACAAAACUAGUUUCAUGCAAAAUCAAAAAAGCUGUUUACACUGCAAGAAAGAUGUUGAUCCGCAGCGGGUACUCGCUUGCAGACAGUUUUCACUGUGUUAAAGCCUUAAAGUCAACACCAAGCUGUUCUUUUUUUAGUUCAAAAUAAUUUUAUGAGAAAAGGGGUGGGGCUUGAAUUUAUCAUUGGUAGUUCAUCGGAUCAUGAAAAGUUGGUGUUAAAAACCAGAUGAGAUCAUGUGGUACUUGGUUGGAGACCAAGACUUUUUAUUUUUAAAUAUAUUUUUAAAGUCAUACAGUUUUGGAACGGAAUGAGGGUGAGAAAUGGACGACAGUAAUUUAUUUUUGGGUGAACUAAAGUACCCAUGGUCCGUUUAAAUUUCAUGUUUACUUCAACCUGCAGUGCAUUAAAUCUUUUUAGAUGAGAAGCUUGAAAAUAGCAAAUAACAAUAAACAUGUUUUUAAAAGUCAUAAAUUAAGUUGAAUAGUAUUAAGACAUUCACAAAUGUUGUUUUAGAUUUCACCUCGGACAAUUAUGGAGAUGCUCUGACAUUGUUCAAGUCACCACACAUUUUGUGUGUUUAUUUUGAAAUGACUUUUCUCACCUCAAAGUUCUGUCCUAAUUUAACCAAAACACUUGCUGGAAGAUAUAUUUGUCACAUAGAGUUGAGAAAUCACAUUGUAGAUUUCAGAGAGUGUGUUGUUUGCUAUGGUGAGCGUUGUUAAUAUCAUUAUAUACCUUUAGACCAAAGCCGUCCUUAUAGUGUUCUCAGUGGUCUUAAAAUGACUCUGUGAACUCGUUAAACAGCCUGUCUUGUGAUUAACAGUUCUGGAUAAUGAACAUGCUGUAUUUCAUAUCAUACAUCUUUGGUCCAUUAUCAUUCUUUUCCUGAAUUACAAUCGAUCUCUGUUUUGUUUUUAUAUA